AUGUCACUAAAUAGUAAUUCACCAGAAGUUAUACCGCCAAUAACAGAAAGUUCAAAACUAGAAGAUCAACAAAAAGAAGAAUCACCAUCAUCAUCACCAAAUAAACAAAAGAAAAAGACUAAAUCAUCCACAUUAUCAGACGAACAAAAAAAAGCUCAUCAUAUAGCAUCAGAACAAAAAAGAAGAGAAAAUAUAAGAUCAGAAUUUGAUAAAAUAGUAUCAUUAACUCCAAAUUUAACAAAAUCAGAAAAUAGAUCAGAAUUAAAUAUUUUAACAAAAUCUGCUGAUUAUAUUGAUCAAUUAAAAGAAGAAAAUUUAAAAUUAAUUGAAAUGUGUAAACAAAGGGGAAUUCAAGUACCUGAUGAAUUAAUUUAUAAAGGUCCUCAAAAUGAUGGUAGUGAUAUUGCCAAAUAA